AGGAGGAGGAGGAGGCAGCGCAGCCGCCCACAGAGACCACAGCCUCCGUCCACAUUUCCAGAGGACACCGACACUCAGUCAGCCAGCGACGCGUUGUGUCGAGCUCCAGAAACAAACCGAAGCGAAGCCCGACUCGUCCCGCUGAUCGCGCGGAGACAGCUGUCUCUCUCUCUCUCUCGGGAUAUAUAGAAGUUACCCACGGUGCCACAAACCGAAGACCGUGGAAGAUGGGUUCAGUGGCGGCGAUGUGCGUCCUGAUUCUGGGCGUUGUGGUCCCCGCGCUGUCCGGAUACAUCGAGGCGCUGGCAGCCAACGCAGGCACAGGGUUUGCCGUGGCCGAGCCGCAGGUGGCGAUGUUCUGCGGAAAGCUCAACAUGCAUGUCAACAUUCAGACAGGCCGCUGGGAACCUGAUCCAUCUGGAACCAAGAGCUGCGUCGGAACCAAAAUGGGUGUGCUGCAGUACUGCCAGGAGAUGUAUCCCGAGCUCCAAAUCACAAACGUGGUGGAAGCCAACCAGCCAAUUCGAAUCGAGAACUGGUGCAAGAAGAAGGAGAAGAAGUUGUGCAAAGGGCACGCCCACAUCGUGGUGCCGUACAAAUGCUUAGUGGGCGAGUUUGUGAGUGACGUGCUUCUGGUCCCAGAGAAGUGCAAGUUCUUCCACAAGGAGCGUAUGGACAUGUGCGUCAGCCAUCAGCAGUGGCACGGUGUAGCCAAAGAGGCUUGUGCCAAGAGCUCCAUGGUGCUGCACAGCUACGGGAUGCUGCUGCCCUGUGGCAUCGACAAGUUCCAUGGCACCGAGUACGUGUGCUGCCCCACCUCCCGCACCGCAGAGCCUGCUCCACCUUCCCUGCCCUCCCAGGAGGACGACGACGAGAAGGAGGAGGAGGUGGAGGAUGAGGAGAUUGACGAGACCGACCUGGAUGACGAGGAUGCCGUAGAGGACAGUGAGGCACCAGCUGAUGAGGAGCCCACACAAAAAGAGGAGCCAGAGGAGGAAGAUGAGGAGGAGUACCACUACGUAUAUGAGGACGAGGAGGUAGAUAAGGAGGACGAGUAUGAGAAGAAAGAGAGCAGCAAAAUGUCAGAGAACCAAGAUGAGGACAAGACUCUGCAGGAAGUGAAAGCGGUGUGCACCCUGGAGGCUGAGAUAGGCCCCUGCCGGGCCUCCAUGCCCCGCUGGCACUUCGACAUGAGCCAGAGGAAGUGCUUUCGCUUCAUAUAUGGAGGCUGUGCCGGCAACCGCAACAAUUUCGACUCAGAGGAAUACUGCAUGGCCGUGUGCAAGCGCCUGACCAUGGCACCGACAACUCAGCCGACGGAUGAUGUGGAUAUCUACUUUGAGACACCAGCCGACGACAAGGAGCACAGUCGCUUCCAGAAGGCCAAGGAGCAGCUGGAGAACAGGCACCGCAACCGCAUGGAGAGGGUAAGAAAAGAGUGGGAAGAAGCUGAUCGCCAGGCCAAAAACCUGCCCAAGGUCGAGCGGCAGACGCUGAUCCAGCAUUUCCAAGCCAUGGUGGAGUCCCUGGAAGAGGAGGCAGCCAGCGAAAAGCAGCAGCUGGUGGAGACUCACCUUGCCCGGGUGGAGGCCAUGCUGAAUGACCGGCGCCGUCUGGCCCUGGAGAAUUACCUCGCUGCCCUGCAGGCAGACCCCCCCAGGCCCCACCGCAUCCUGCAAGCGCUCAGGAGGUACGUCCGCGCAGAGAAUAAGGACCGCCAACACACCAUCCGCCACUACCAGCACGUCCUGGCUGUGGAUCCUGAGAAGGCUGCUCAGAUGAAGUCGCAGGUGAUGACCCACCUGCGUGUGAUCGAGGAGAGGAUGAACCAGAGUCUAUCUCUGCUCUACAAAGUACCUUAUGUGGCCGAGGAGAUUCAGGAUGAAAUUGACGAGUUGCUCCAGGAGCAGAAAGCUGACAUGGACCAAUUCCUGUCGUCCAUCUCUGAAUCCCAGCCAGAUGUCACUGUGUCGUCUGAGGAGAGCGUGGAAGUCACCGUGUCCGAGGGAAAGCCCUACCGGCCCUUCCAGGUCACAUCCUUGGGGUCCCGUUCGGAGCCAGAGGGCGAUCUAUCAGACUCCCCACGUGCCUUCAAGAAAGGCUCUGCCAUGUCUGGUUUAGAUGGCCUGAUAGGUGCUGAGGAGAAAAUCAUCAACAGCAAGCCCAAAAUCAGCAACAAUGUGGUGAUUGAUGAGUCUCUGGAUGUUAAAGAAGUGGUUUACAGUGCAGAGAGAGUCAGCGUUAUGCAUGAUGAUGAGCUGGAGUCCUAUCGGCCCCUGGGAGAGGACUUCAGCUUCGGCAGCAGUGCACUGAUUGGCUUGCUGGUGAUUGCGGUGGCCAUAGCAACUGUUAUUGUGAUCAGUCUGUUGCUUUUGAGGAAGAGGCAAUAUGGCACCAUCAGCCACGGCAUCGUGGAGGUUGAUCCAAUGCUGACACCAGAGGAACGCCACCUCAGCAAAAUGCAAAACCACGGCUACGAAAACCCCACCUACAAAUAUCUGGAGCAGAUGCAGAUCUAGACGGAGCCCACAGGCGGCGCUGUGGAGUCUGUCGGGAGGACGGACAGCUGAGGGAGAACAUACUACUGACCAAUAACACGCUAUUGUUAAAAUGAUUUGCUUGAAUCCAAACUCCAUUUACUGGUUUGAUCAAAACAAUUCUUAAAUAAUGCUACUACUUCUACUACUGCUACUAUUGUACUAUAGAGAUUUUUUUGAUCUUGUUUGGAGACGGUGAUGUAUCUGCCAUUUUGCUUCAUGUAAAAUAUGAUACUACAGAUUUCUUUGUAAUUAUCAAUACAGCUAUCUCGGAUCAAGGUGUAUAACAUUUUUCAGCCAUUUUCUUUGUUUUUGAAAGUGAAAAGCAAAUCCGGCUAAAAUUUGUAAUGUUUUUUGAGUGGCCAUCUUUAAACCAGCACACCCGACAGUACACUUGAGUUUUCCAUCAUAAAAGUGUCAUUCAUGCAGAGUCUGAUGGUUUCCUCAAAAAUAGUUGUUUUAUUUUGUUCUUCUUCCUCUCAAAUAGAUUGCUUGUAUAUGAAGGUUCUUUGUACCAAUUAAAAUGUAUAGUCAAACAACAAAUGAGAAAAAAAAAAUGAAAUCAUGAAUUAUUUACCUUCAGUUCUUUGUUAUGAUAACAGACAAAAUAUACAUAUACAGUUCAAAUAUAUAUAAGAAUAGAUUGUUUUUAUUACGCUUUUUCUCCCCAGGAAAGAGGUUAUGAGUUGGUUUCGGGUUCUUAGCUUUGAGGUCAUGAGUUGGGGAAGGUGGAGGUGUGCACAGACCCUCAGCUCAAACACAUCACACAAAAUCUACUCUGACCCCUAACUAAGUGAAUGUGAUAAUAUAUCCCCUCCUAUACACACACACACACACACAAAAUAUUUUAUCAGUAGGGAAACCGUAUAAAUGGAUAGAUCAAACAAUACCGUUGGAUGUGUGUUAUAUAGUUGGAUGUGUGUUAUAUAGUUGAAUGUAUCUUGGAAGUUUUUCUUUCCAUACUAUGUAUCGGACAGGUUUCUAUGUGAUUUUGGAUGCAUUGUCACAAACACUGACAGCAGGCGAUGACAUGCUAAAAGCAAGUGUUGUUUUCUUGUUUUGAUUUUGUUUAAUCUUUCCUGAACUCUAUAUCUGAAGCAAAAAAAAAAACAAGAAAAACAUAUUUUGUAGAUAAUGUACACACACGUUUAUGGAGCAGCUGUUUGCUUCGCUGGUCAUGAAGUGUAAAACGGUGUGAUCGAUCAAAACAGGGCCGCCACAGACGCACUAACAACACGAGCAGCUGCUAUGGGCCCAUAAACCACCAGGGGUACUCAGAUUAAGUCAAAAUGUUCACAUUUUGUUGAUUUUGCGGUAUUGUGAAUAAUUCUCUACAUUUUUUUUCAAUCUGGAUUUGGGGAUCUGGGUAGCCUGGAUCCAUGCCAACUACAGGUAAAUUAGAGCUGGAGGGCUGUGCAGGCAAACAGAGACACACGGAAAGACAAGGCUUGGAGAGCUUGUUUCUGCAAAGAAAAGAAAAAAAGUAGCUGACGUAUCAUUUUUAAAGAAUGACACAUAUAAGUAGGCAAAACCACUUUUUACAAUCCUCUUCUCCUCUCUUUCUCUCUCUCUUAGUAUUGUCUUUGUAUGCCUGUAAAGUUGAUGUUACAAUCAUGGCUUUCCCCCCCCAAAUGGUUACCUGUGGUGUGCAUUGUUCUUAUAUGAUAUGAUAUAUAUUUUUGAUUUGGAUUACUUGUUUUCAAUUUUUUUCUUCUUCCUGUGACAGUAUCUCUGUAUGUGACUGUCUCACUAUGCACCCAAAUGGCUUCAAUCUUGUAACCACCUGCUUGAUUGUGGUAAGGGAUUGGGAACUAAUAUAAUAUGCGUAUUAGUGAUUAAAAAAAGUUGACACCAAUUGAAACAUUUAUGGUUACAGGGGGGAUAUACAUCAAUAAACUCACAACUUCCA